AUGGGCGCUGCUCGCGACAAAUGCGCUCACACUGUCGAUGGAGUGUCCGGUACCAUUGCUGAGGCAUGGGGACAAGGGUACAUGGUCGGCGGCCUGGUUGUCCUCAUGCUGUUGACCCUCGCAAGCUUCCGCCGCCAUGUACUUCUACAUAAGCUCAUUCUUGCCGAGCUUAUCCUCGCUACUUUCCGUGGGACAUACAUAUUCUUCAGUGGACCCAAUGCCGGAUGGUACUCCAGUUGCACGUCUGUGCUGCUGUACAUUUCGUACAACCUUCACAAUGUCAUCAACUGGAUCAAGAUCAAACCCUUCCUAAGUAGAACCGGACAUUGGGUCUAUCUCAGCACGCUCAUAUUGGUGUGGCCGUACUGGAUCGUGGAGUGUUACUUCCUAUUUCAAUAUAACAACAACCUCGGUAGCGAUUACUUCGUUCACUUGCGACCGUGGGAGUUCCUCUGCCGGGAACCGUGGUGGCUAUUCACGACCGGCUACCUAAUAUACAUCAUCAAGCGCGCCUACGAUUGCAGUAUCGUCCACCUUAUCCGCACGAGUGGGAAGUUCCUGGUUCUACUGUCGUCCAUGGCCUUGUCGAUCGGCUUCAUCAUUGCCGAUGUUGUUAUCGUUCUUGUCAUUGAUACGCCAUGCCGUGGGAAGAACCCACUGUGGAAGAUCGCAUUCAUAUUCAAGUGUACGGCCGAUGUGAUCGUCCUCGACGACUUCAAGUCAGUGCUAGAUCGGAUCUCUGUGCGAGGGUCCACGUCUUCCGGGGACAGCCUCGGCGUGAAAGAAGACCGAGACAUCCCGCAGCAUAUCGAGGCUGUAUGUCCUAGAGAUACUGGCUCGCGACGACAAGGCAUAGCAUCGAUGGACUGGUUCGACGACAUUCAAGUCGUGUGA